UCAAAGAUAUUUUCAUUCACUUUCUCUCAACGUCUUGGCAGACAAACACGUUGGCUUCAAACGAGUUUCUACGCAAAAUCUACACUAUGGUCGGUACAAAGGGGCUGAUAAUUGUCUUCAUUUGUUUCUGCAUGUUUUCUGUCAUUCUGGGCGACGACGUAAAGGAAUGUGAGCUUGAUGGGAAAACGUUCGAAAAGGGUACGAAGUUAUUCACUUCCGAUUGCCGUAGGGAGUGCACAUGUACUAACAAUGGUAAGAGGUGUAAUGAAUUGUGCUCCUCGAAGCCAUACAAAUGCGCAGGUGAUGAAGAACCGAAGUUCAAGACGGUGAAAAGAGAACAUAAAGGGAAAGUCUGCAAAUGCGACGAGUUUGUUAAAUGCAUCAAGAAGUAACAGCAUCGGGGUGCUAGUCUUGGGAACUUUGGAGAGAGUAAUGCAAUUUAAGCAAUUAAUUAGAGUUUAAUACUGUAUGUUUAAUUGUUGAAAUCAUUAAAGGGUGUUUCACAUGUUUACAGUGUCUCAUAGUGUUGGCCAGACGAAUCUUCCUUAUUCAGAAGUGGUUUUAGGAAAUGAAAGAAAAAAAUGCCCAUUUUGCGAAGAUUUCAGGAAAAGUGGAUGCUAUUGCUUUGGUUUAUCAAGGGUAUGAGUAGAUUUUUUCCGCGAAAAAAAAAUGGGUCUCAGAACAGCCAUUUAUAAGCCCCACCCUCAAGACGAAACAAACACGCUGAUAUGAAUAUACACAAGCAAAUACACAUAAAAAGUAAAGAUAGACCAUCCCAAUACACCCCUCAAUCGAAAACAAAAAAUAUAUAUAUAUGUUUGAAUGGAAUAGAUACAAUUUCAUGUACAACAAUGGAAUAUUUUGAUUACAAAAAAUUCGACACAAACAUCUAAAACAUCAGAAUUAAAACUACUCUCAUCAAGUUAUACUUACAAUUUUACUCGCUAGUAUAGUCUUUCCAAUCUAUUGAUAAAUAUUUCGCCACAGCUAGUAUCUGAAAAAAUCCCUAUAUCAAUAACCAUUGAGCACUUCGUUUAUGGUGUUAACAAUCGGUCCU